UGUAGAAAUGAACUUAUAAUUACUGCAUAGAAUCUUCUCAUUCUGCAUUGGGCAUACAAUAAUAGUCUUCCAAUUUAUCAAACAAUCUACUUACUUUCAAAAUCAGUUAAUCAGUUAAGUGACUAAGUUACAUUUUCAGUGCUGUGAUUGGGUGUUGAAUAAAAUAUGGAAACAGUGAAGCGUUGUGAAUGGUUUCCAGGGUGUUUUAACCCUUCACUGAUGCAGAGAAGCAGCAGCUGAUGCUAUUAAUCUUUAACAUCUUCAGAGAAAACAUCCCCAGUGUCAUGUGAGGAGCUGCACUUUACUCUCAUCUGGAGGAAACCUCAACAGAAACACGACUUCGCCCACAGAGGAUUGAGGAACGAGGUGAAGCUCCUCAUGGAGCCAAAUGAUGCUAAAUUCAAACAGAUCCUUCUGUUUUAAACUUUAAUUUUAAGUUGCGAUAAUGACUUUUCAUUCUACUUGAAGGCAGCAGCAGAAGCAGAAGAACCAGAAGCAGGUAAAACCAAUCUGAGCAACAUAUUCUACAUUUAACGUGUCUGUUAAUUAUUAAGGUUUUGUUUCUCUGUUAGGAUCUCGAGUCGAUAGCAAAAAGCGUUGAAUAAAAGCGUCUGUUUUAUCCCGCAGGUCUGAACGAUGUGGUUGAUUUUCACAGCUCUUCUGGUCGCCUCGUUAAACCGACAGAGCCAAGCUUCGGUGACUUUUGCUUCCACCUGCAGGGUCAAAGGUCAACCAGAGGAAGAGCUGAUUUUACACUGCGGUGAUGGAGAACAUGAAGGUGUGGUCCAGUUCUGGCACACACCGUUCGGUGACCUCCAGAGCUCUGGUUCCCAGUCCAAACUGGACCCGGUGUUUAUGCACCACGAUGGGAGCCUCCUUAUCCAAAACUUCAGCAUCCACCAUGGUGGGCUGUACUACUGCAUCCUGCAGCAUGCAGAGGGAUCCAUGCUGUGGCCCUUUGAGCUUCAUGUGGACCAAAACAUGGUGGCUGAGGCUGACAACGGGCGCGGCGGCGGCAGCUGCGCUGCACGCCGGUUCAGGAGGAACGCAGCUUUUACAGGCGAGAGGGAAGCCGUGUUUUCAGAAGAGAUUUUUGCAGGAGCCGUGGCUGCAUCGGUGCUGCUGACGUUUGUGGUGGGAUUCAGCGCUGGAGCUCUGUCACGGACUCCUGUUCUCAGGUGUUUAAAGUCACUAGCUCCAAAGAAGAGAAGACGUCAACCUGACGUACCAGACGGCUCUCGGGUUACCAUGACAACCCUUCCAUCCAUGUACGACAACCAGGCCUACAGGACGGGAGCGAUUCCCCAUGACUCUCAAAUCUGGCGAACCACGGAGACGCCAACUCUGCUUACAACCCCGUCUCCACCCGCCAAACCCAAGCGGAGCUUUCGGCUCAAAGUAGAAGAAAAAGAAGAAGAAGAAGAACCGGAAGGAACUGCUUAUUUGGAAGGAUGUGAUUCUAACCGGGCGGAGGGGGAAACCGGAAGCGGAGAGGAUGGUGAGGCACAGGAGGAGGAAGAGAGCGGCAAGCCAGAAGAAAAGGAAGAUGGAGGGAGUGAAACAGAGGACAGAGAGGAAGAUGGAGAAGCGAGCGAGGAGGUUAGAGAAGAAAAACAAAAUACAGACGAGAGUGAAGAGUUGGAGCAGGAAUCCACAGGAACAGACGACGAGAGGAGCGUCAAAGCGGAAGCUGAGCCCAGAGGAGAAGACCCGCCAUCCGGUUCUCACCGGCGCCGCAGCCGCGUUAUCCGCCUGUACCAAUACGACGAGGACGGCCAGCGAUACGGUCACCUCCCGGACCCGGAGGCUCCGGAAGCGGCCCCCAGGCCCAGGCAGCGCUCCCGGUCUCUGACCCGCCUGAACGCCAUCAUGGCGGCGGCCGCCACGGGGCCGAUGGAGCGGACGGAGCCAGAGGAGAAGCAGCAGCAGCACUUCCACAUGGACAUUUAAGACUCGUGUUAUUCUGUUUCAAUCAUUAUCACGCUAUUCUUUUUUUUUUUUUUAAUAACAAUGACACAAUAAGAAAAAAAUACCCUCCCCUUAUUAGCACAUGCGCAAAUUAGCUGAUGGUACGGAUGAUACUUCCGGAACAGGUCGUGCAAAAUGGAGGCGACGUUAAGUUUGAGGCCUAAACCACUCAGCCAAAUAAAUUAUAUAUAUAAAUUGUCAGAAUUUUAUGCAUAUAUUAGUAUGUUUUGGUUUUUCACUCACAAAAAAGCUCAGUUUAAUAUCACAAUUGUUAUUUAUGAAAAAAGAUCAGAAUAAAAUGGAGAAAACCGUUUUCUCAAUGGGAAAACAGAAAUUUGGGUCGCGCACAAUAUAAUUACUAUAAAUAACCGGCCAACAUGCCACAUUUCAGUUUGUAAAGUCAAAUUUACUAUAAGAAAUUAAAAUUAAUUUCAGGAGUUUUAAAAUGUGAGAAAAGUUUUUGGAUUGUUAAAAGCAGAUUAAUAUCAGGAUUACCAUCUAAUUUUCUCUUCAGAUUCAGGCUUCUGACUACAGCUACUGACAAAGUAUUCACAGUAAAUAUAUUUAUACCUGCUUUUAAACAUAAUUCUACUCCCUAAACACUUUAGCCUAAUUCAUUAAAUGAAACAUAGAAAGUAUUAGAACAUUUCUGGUCGUUUGUAUAAUAAUGAAAGUCAGGCCACAAACAUUCAGCAAUUUGGGCACCCACUUAUUAAAUGUGGCUAAAUGGAUUUUAGAAGAAAGUUUUUGUUCAUAUGAAAACAUUUCCUAGACCCAGAAAUAAACACCCAUAAAGUUAGAAAAAUGUACGCCUUUUUUUUAACCAACAUAAACAUCUAAGACCCUUCUCAGAAACUACAAUGUUAUUUUUGUUCUAAAAAAAAGUAUGCAUGUUUAAAUCACAAAAGUGAACUAUUUACAGUAAAAUUUAGCAUUUUUUUUUAAUUGGGGGAAAAAUAUGACUAAAAGCUUCAACUUUGUGAUUUUGGCUGACAGAGCAAAAAGUUUGGACACCCUGAUCUAAAAGCUGCAAAAUAAAGGAUUUAUAGAUCACAU